UAUAACUAACUAAGCGAAAAUCAAGUUUUUGAUCAAGACUUGGACAUCAAGAAUCUCUCGUCCACUUUAUCCACAAGACUAUUAAUUAUCACAUCACUAAUUACAAUGCCUCUCCCGCCAAACAUGAAGGCUAUCCAAAUCAUUGGUCCCAAGUCCGAACCGACCGUGUCCCUCAACGGGUCCCACCCCCUCCCUACUCCCGACUCGUCCGGCUCCGAGUUACUCAUCCGUGUCCAUUCAGCGGGCCUCACAGCCGAUGAACUAACCUGGCCCGAGCUGUGGUCCCCCGUCCACAACCCGACGCACGUGCCCGGGUUCGAGGUCUCGGGCGUCGUCGCGGAGCUCCCGCCCGCCUACACCGGGCCACUUGCGGUGCGGGACGAAGUCUACGCGAUGCUGCACCUGGACCGCGGCAAGGGCCAGGCCGAGUACGUCUACGCGCGCCCCGCCGAGGUGGCCUGCAAGCCGAGAAGCCUGUCCUCCGCGCAGGCCGCUGCGCUGCCCAUCCCCGCGCUGACGGCGUGGGAGGCGCUGUUUAAGCGCGCCUGGCCGUCGGGGCCCUCGUCGUCGUCGUCGUCGUCGUCGUCGCCGCUGAGGGUGUUGGUGACGGGGGCGUCGGGCGCCGUGGGGAGCAUGGUUGUGCAGCUUGCCAAGAACUCAAAGGUCAUGGGCAAAGAAGUACAAGUAGUCGCGCUCGCGUCGGCGGCCAAGCACGGAUACCUGCGCGAGCUGGGCGCCGACGAGACGGUGGAUUACCACCACGAUGACAACGACACGGAUGGCUGGGAGCGCAAGGUGGGUAUCAAAAGCGUGGAUGCCGUGUUUGAUGCGGCGGGCGGGGAGGUCCUCGCCAGAGCGUGGGCCACGGUCAAGGACGACGGCGUCGUGGUGACGGUCGCGGAUCCCCCUCCGGCGUGGGCCACGGACAAGGGCCCCGGGGCGGUGCCCAAGGAGCUGGAGGGUCGCCCGGGGGUGAGGUACAUCUACUUUAUCGUCUCGCCGGACGGCGAGACCCUGAGCAAGAUUGCGGGCUUAAUCGACGAAGGGACGGUCAAGCCGUUGCCAGUCGUCGAAUUCCCCGUCGACAAGGCUGUCGAGGCCUGGGACUUUGCUCGGCAGCGGGGUCGGCAGGGCAAGGUUGUCGUCAAUUUUGUACCGGCUGCUUGACCCUGGGGGCGAGCUGACCCUGGCACUAAUCAGACGUCAUUAAACGCCAGAGAUUUGGAAUGGUGAUGGACUGAUAUGGAAUCGUAGCGCACUGGAGGCGCCAGCAGGGUUAAUUAGAAAAAUAAUUCUUUUUUCCAUCGGUACUCU